CCGCCUUCCUAUAUUUUUUGGUCCUCUGGUGAUUUGCUGGCGGGGGUGGCUUGAUUGGGAUUGGCUUCACAGGCUGAUUCAAGGGCAGUUUGAUCUCGAGACAACACCAGAAAGCCGAUAAGAGCGACACAACAGCAACAACAGCUCCGCCCCGUCUAUAAUCAUCACCACAAUCACCAUCAUCACAUUCCCCUUGUCUACCUACUGCUUUUCUCCCUCUCAACCCUAAUUCCUUGCCACCGGUGAACGCUCCAGCGUCUAAGGGAAACAUUGAACUUGCCUCUGAACCAACCCCACCCCUCAUUUUCACGCAGCUUGUCUAAGAAUAUCCCUGCCAACAACCGACGGGUACCAAGCGCCUUUCUUAGUUGUCCCCUCACCAGCUCUGGGCACUGUAAGUCUUCAAGGCACAGAUCUGCUCGCCACCUACUAAACUGGGGAAGCAGAGACGGCAAACAACUGAGAAAGACUUUCUAUCAUUCAAACGAUGUCUAUGAUGGAUCCUGCCACAGAAUUGAAAAAUUUGAAGUUCACUCCCCGAACUUCAGCAUGGAAGCACAUGCAACGUUUUGAGAGGCUUUGUUCUCUCGCAUACCCUCGAGCUACUGACGCUGGAAAAUGGAGUUUGUUCGUGAAAACGAUUGAUACGACGAAUGUAUGGGGCGCUGGUAGGGGAAUGACGCCUGGUCGGUGGCUUAUGGAUUUGAGUGAAGACUGGCUGAGGAAGAACCCACACUGCAGUCAACCAGACUGUACUGACUGUAAACACGACUCAAUGUCUUUCGACUACCUCAGGAGUGCUUUCUUGGAACGAUGGGGCAACACCAACACCUCCCCCCAUGGCAAACUUAGGCAGCCUACACGGUCACACUCACUACCCCCCCCCUCGGAAUCUGAUGGAGACCCUGUAGACGUUCUCACUCCUUCCGAUUUUAUUUCGAAUGCACUCAUCCCACGAGGGGGCUCUUCCAAUUAUAACCCUCCUGCAGCGCCUACCCCACCCAAUGAACCGGUUUCGGAACGUGAGAGACUAGUCCAAGAGACGAAGACAUCAAUUGCUAUCAAUCCUGCUGGCAAUGGCGGUGGGCAAAUCGUUCUUCAGAUCACGGACAACAACAAGUCGCGAAAGAGGAAGAAGGAUAUCAAGGCUACCAUUGACACCCCACCUCCACAGCACGGCAUGAAUGAGGGCUCUCUGCCGGAUUCACCAAGGGAUAGAGAUUACCAUGACCGUGACUAUCACCACCCGGAUGAUGCUUACCGAAGUGACCGAGAUGAACGUGAUCAUCGAACCCCCAGGGAUUAUCGAAGUCAGCAUCAUGAUCGUGAGAGAUCCCGCCAUCGGGAUGGUGUCCACGUCAUCGAGGCCGAGCCCCCGGUCCUGGAGCUGAUCAGACAGCCAUCUCCCCAAUCAGACCACAGACACGAUAAUUCCCAAGCACUUGUUGAGGUUGCAUCCAGCGAGGUCGAUGAAUCCACCGUUACCGGUGACGCUAUGUUGACGGCCCCAUCCCAGCCUGUUCUUCGGCCCCGAUUGCUUGAGGGCAAGAUCUGUGCUAUCACCGGAGCCUCGCGGGGAAUUGGUCGGGCUAUUGCCCUAGGGUUUGCCAAGGAGGGUGCACACAUCAUCGCACACUACUGGGGUACUAAGAGUGAUCCUGCCAAUGAAGAGAUCGUAUCUUUGUGUGUAGAGAUUAGAAGUAUGGGGCAAGGCUGUACAAUUGUCUUUGGUGAUAUAUCCGACCCCCGAACGAGUGACAACAUCGUCAAGCGAGCGGUAGAGACUUACGGAAGACUGGACGUUGCCGUCGGAAAUGCUGGGAUGUGCUGGUAUAGAGAAUUCUUGGAUGUCACCCCUGAGCUCCUCCGCCGCCAUGUGGACGUUAACCUAAACGGCAACUUCUAUUUUGUCCAAGCUUGUGCUCGGCAGUUCAAGGAGCAGUUCCACGCCAUGCCUAUCGAACCUCGCCCCGAUCCGAUCCCAGACUACUCUAUAAUCUUCAUCUCCUCGGCGGGCGCACUUUCGGGGAAUGGACACCAAGCGCACUACAAUCCCACCGCCGCCGGUCUCCUCUCACUCAUGCAGGGAACAACUAUUUCCCUAGGUCCCUACGGUGUCCGCUGUAACGCGUUGCUACCGGGAGUUGUACAGACCAAGAUGAACAGGGAGGAGCUUCAAGACAUGGAAAAACGCGGCAGACUCGAGAAGAAGGUUCCUCUCGGCAGGUUGGGUGUCCCGAGUGAUGUUGUCGGGCCGGCAGUCUGGCUCGCAAGCGAGGGGGCGAAGUACGUCAGCGGAGCACAGAUCGCGGUCGACGGAGGAGCUUUUGUGAAUAACUAGUGUGGAAGCGCAUGUAUCGGAUGGGUGGGAAUAUUUCUUUUAUAUCUUGUCGCGGAUGUAUGGGCAUUUUCUGGAGACUUUGCAUCUUUUCGUCCAUAGUGUUCUUUAUGUGUUGCUUUUAUGACGGCGGUUUUUAAAGGGGUUCUCCAUUUCUGUGUUGGCGAAGGUGUUUUCUUCGUUUAUCUGAUUAUUAUAUCUAUUUUCGUCUUGCUUGUUUGAAUUGGGGUAUGUUUGGGAAGAUGAUUUCUUAUGUAGGUUACAGGUGGAUGGACAGAUUGUUUGCGCGCGUUAAAAUGAAAAGAAUUGUGUGGUGGUGUCGGAAUAGAUCCAA